AUGCUUUCACCGCUUAUAUCUCGACUCUUUUCCACAUUCCAAAUCACUCCUCGUGCUAUAACAUCCCCUUUCCUGAUAACAUCCGUCAACUACCAGCAGAUAAGAUGGAACAGCGGAAAGGUUAACUCGUACAAAAAACCACGGAAUAAGACUGCAAAAUAUCGAUCGUUUUUGAAGGCUAAAUUACGAAGACUACUCGGAGCGACGCAACCCGUCAGAUAUUGGGAUGUUACAUUUAUCGUUAUCACAGAUAGGAGUCCUGUUUCAACCAAGGAGAAUAAAGUCUGA